GAGCCCAGCAGGACUCAGAGGGGAGAGUUGGAGGAAAAAAAAGGCAGAAAAGGAAAAGAAAGAGGAAGAGAGAGAGAGAGUGAGAGGAGCCGCUGAGCCCACCCCGAUGGCCGCGGACGAAGUUGCCGGAGGGGCGCGCAAAGCCACGAAAAGCAAACUUUUUGAGUUUCUGGUCCAUGGGGUGCGCCCCGGGAUGCCGUCUGGAGCCCGAAUGCCCCACCAGGGGGCGCCCAUGGGCCCCCCGGGCUCCCCGUACAUGGGCAGCCCCGCCGUGCGACCCGGCCUGGCCCCCGCGGGCAUGGAGCCCGCCCGCAAGCGAGCAGCGCCCCCGCCCGGGCAGAGCCAGCCACAGGGCCAGGGCCAGCCUGUGCCCACCGCCCCCGCGCGGAGCCGCAGUGCCAAAGGAGUGAAGAUGGCUGACAAAAUCCUCCCCUCAAAGGGGAUUCGGGAGCUGGUCCCUGAGUCCCAGGCUUACAUGGACCUCCUAGCAUUCGAGAGGAAGCUGGAUCAAACUAUCAUGCGGAAGCGGGUGGAUAUCCAGAAGCCCCUGAAGAGGCCCAUGAAGCAAAAGCGAAAGCUGCGCCUUUAUAUCUCCAAUACUUUUAACCCCGCGAAGCCCGAUGCUGAAGAUUCUGACGGCAGCAUUGCCUCCUGGGAGCUGCGGGUGGAGGGGAAGCUCUUGGAUGAUCCCAGUAAGCAGAAACGAAGUUCUCUUCCUUCUUCAAGAGUUUUGGUCAUUGAGCUGGACAAAGAUCUUUAUGGUCCUGACAACCACCUCGUGGAGUGGCAUCGGACACCCACAACCCAGGAGACAGAUGGGUUCCAAGUGAAGAGGCCAGGGGACUUGAGUGGGCGCUGUACCCUGCUCCUUAUGCUGGACUAUCAGCCUCCUCAGUUCAAACUGGACCCUCGCUUAGCCCGGCUGCUGGGGUUGCAUACACAGAGCCGCUCAGCCAUUGUGCAGGCACUGUGGCAAUAUGUGAAGACCAACCGAUUACAGGAUUCCCAUGACAAGGAAUACAUCAAUGGAGACAAGUAUUUCCAGCAGAUUUUUGACUGUCCCCGCCUGAAGUUCUCUGAGAUUCCCCAGCGCCUCACAGCCCUGCUGCUGCCCCCUGACCCAAUUGUCAUCAACCAUGUCAUCAGCGUGGACCCAUCAGACCAGAAGAAGACAGCAUGCUAUGACAUUGAUGUGGAGGUAGAGGAGCCACUGAAGGGGCAGAUGAGCAGCUUUCUCCUGUCCACGGCCAACCAGCAGGAGAUCAGCGCUUGGACAGUAAGGUUACAUAACCAGCUCAAGAUCCAGAGGGACUUCAUGCUAAGUUUCUCCAGAGACCCCAAAGGCUACGUCCAAGAUUUGCUCCGCUCUCAGAGCCGAGACCUCAAGGUGAUGACAGAUGUGGCUGAACCUGAAGAGGAACGCCGGGCUGAGUUCUACCACCAGCCCUGGUCCCAGGAAGCCGUCAGCCGCUACUUCUACUGUAAGAUCCAGCAGCGCAGGCAGGAGCUGGAACAAUCGCUGGUCGUGCGCAACACCUAGGAGCUCGUGAACAAGCAUCACUGGACCAGCCGGCAUAGGCCCUGGACUCUGGGCCUCCCUCCCCUGUGCUGUGGGGUUGGGGGUGGGGGAGUGGGGAGGACUGGAUUUAAAG